AUGGUGGGAACACGAAACGGAGCCCAAUCGAGCAAUGAUCAGAAUGGCAGACCACAACCCAAUGGGCAAGGAGCACAACCAGACUUAGUUCAACUGAUGCAAGCAUUUGUUGCUGCUGCUGCCGCCAACCCUCAACAACCACCACAACAACAACGUGGGCCAUUAACCAGGAGUAGAGAUCAACUUCUAGAUGCAUUUUGCAAACGUCGUCCUCCGAUCUUUUAUGGGGAAGCAAACCCUAACGCUGCAGAAGCAUGGAUUAAACAAAUCUCCAAGUACUUGGAAGUACUUAAUGUGACCAAUGCGGGCGAUUGCAUUGCCUUAGCAACAUUCCAGAUGCAAGGGGAAGCAGAUCAUUGGUGGGAUUUGAUUAAGACCACUCAUGAUUUGACAACUAUGACCUGGCCGAUGUUCGAAAACCUUUUCCUCGAAAAAUACUUUCCAGCACCUGUGAAACAAGCCAUGGCUCAAGAAUUUAUAGACUUGAAGCAGCGUUCCUUGACAGUAACCCAAUAUGCUGCCUGUUUUGAAGAAUUGGCACGUCAUGCCGCUACCAUAGUACCCACUGAUGACGCAAAAGCUAGGAAGUUUGAAUGGGGUCUAUCCCGCUCUAUUCGUACUAGUGUGGUUUCUCAUGAGUACCCUACCUAUGCAAAGGUAGUGAGAUGUGCACUCAUGAUGGAGCGCGAGAGCUCUGACUCAAGGUCAACAUGGGAGGCGCAAAAGAAGAAUGGCCCCUCGUCUGGAGGACCAAUCCGAACAAACAACAAUAGGACUUUCAUUGCUCAAACACCCUAUUACCAGAGCAACCCUCGCCCUCUGCAACAAACUACUCAGACCUGGAAAAACUCCAACCCUAACCCAAAUCAGAACCAAAUUUCACUUCAAGCAGGAAAUCAGUACAAUAACCAAAACCAGAACCGCAGGUGUUUCAACUGCAACCAAGAAGACCAUUUCAGAAACAACUGCCCAAAGCUUGCUGGAUCUGGAAAUUUUGGACAAGGGGGACAACAACAAUUUCAGGCUAGGCCGUCAGGGUUUGGGAACCAAAAUCCGGUUAAUCCAAACAAUCAGAAAAUCGAAUGGAAUCAGCAACAAUCCCGUUCUAUUCAGAACAAUGCAGGCGGACAGAACAAGCCAACAGGAGGCAGAGUUUUUGCUCUGCAAGGCACUGAGCAAGAUACUGAGGAGGAGUAUGACCCGUCGGUGAUACAAGGUACUCUUAAACUAUAUAGUACUUGUGUUCAAGCAUUAUUCGAUUCAGGAGCUUCGCACUCUUUCAUAUCUAUUGCAUGUGUCUCUACUCUUGGACUAGAAACAGAACCUCUAGGGAUGACAAUGCAUGUAACCUCACCAUUAUGA